UUUCCAUUCCCAUUUCAUUCUUGUUGUCGCCGACGCCGUCUCUCUCGUCUCUGCCCUCUCGUCUCUGCCCUCUCGUCUCUCUCGUCUCUGCCCUCUCGUCUCUCUCGGACGUUCGGUCCUUCACUCACGGCUUUCACGGUUCCCGCGGCCUUCAUUUCACAGUUCAGCCGUCGUCGCCCGUCGACUCCACACCGUUCGUCCGUCCGUCGACUCCUUCCGUCCGACCGAGCGACACCAGGUGUGAUAUAAAAUGUCUCGAAGGUAUGAUAGCCGGACAACGAUAUUCUCCCCAGAAGGUCGUCUCUACCAAGUUGAAUAUGCAAUGGAGGCCAUUGGAAAUGCUGGAAGUGCAAUAGGGAUUUUAUCAAAGGAUGGAGUUGUCUUGGUUGGUGAAAAGAAGGUCACUUCCAAACUCCUCCAAACCUCAACAUCAACUGAAAAGAUGUAUAAGAUUGAUGACCAUGUAGCGUGUGCUGUCGCUGGAAUCAUGUCAGAUGCCAACAUCCUUAUCAACACGGCUAGAGUCCAAGCCCAGCGUUAUACAUAUGCUUACCAAGAGCCAAUGCCUGUUGAACAGCUUGUCCAAUCUCUCUGUGACACCAAACAAGGUUACACACAAUUUGGUGGGCUCCGUCCAUUUGGUGUUUCAUUUCUUUUUGCAGGGUGGGACAAAAACUUUGGUUUCCAGCUUUACAUGAGUGACCCAAGUGGAAACUAUGGUGGUUGGAAGGCUGCAGCGAUUGGGGCAAACAACCAGGCAGCACAGUCAAUGCUUAAGCAGGAUUAUAAGGAUGAAAUCACAAGAGAAGAAGCAGUUGAGCUUGCUCUGAAAGUGCUCAGUAAGACAAUGGACAGCACAAGUCUUACUUCAGAUAAACUAGAAUUGGCUGAAGUCUUCCUCUUGCCCUCUGGAAAAGUUAAGUACCAGGUAUGCGCAGCAGAGACCCUGAGCAAGUUGUUAGUGAAGUUGGGAAUGACCCAACCUGCUGCUGCUGAGACAUGAAUUUCAGGUAUACCCUGCGUUUCUGUAUUUGAUUAGAUAUGAAUUUCAGGAUUUAUUGGCACAUGUUGCUGUAUGUGUUUAACGUUAUAAAACCAGAUUAUGGAUUCUUCCUCUGGUAUAAUUGGUCCUUUAUUUAAUCGUCUAUGUUUGACCAA